AUGGCAGAGAGAUCGCAUUCCCGGUUGGACCAAAUGUCGCAUUUAGAGACCAGCUCCGUGCUAUCGUCAAGACCUGUGUCAAGAUCUACAAGACGCGACAUGCGGCCAGUCACGCCAAUCCAAAUUCCAGAGAAGAGCAAAGAAGCGACAACACGAAGCUGGGAAAUCACACCCUCUUCAGUAUCGCCCAGUCCAUCACCCUCAAGUCGAAGGACGACCGUCAAUUUCUCGAGGUCGUUUUCUACGCACAAUAUGCCUAGUUCGCCAUUGACACAGCGAUCACAACAUACGCUUUCCCGGAUCUCUGAGAGAUCUCCACAUCAAUCUAUGGUCAGCACGAAUUCAGCGGAUCUGUUUGGCCGUUCUUCGUAUCACGCCGCCAUAAAUCCCGUCGACAGUACACCUCUCCAAGGUUUCCCUCAGACUGCUGCUGAUACACCUCGAAGACCAUCUUAUGUUCCGUCAGCGGCAUCAAAACCUAACUUUUCAACCUCUCAGACAACAUCCACAUACCGUUCCAGCCCGUUAUCGACACCACCCCUCGCCCAGGACGCCGACUCAUUCCGUGCCUCGGCAAGCUACUCGCAAUCUUACCAACCUGCAUACUCGAUCGCUCCUCGACCACGCACUGCAGACGCAACAAUAUCCCGGAAAAAUGCGAUAGAGAACCUUCGACAGUCUAGAGUUCCUGUGCCGGAGAUUCCAGCACCCAAGCCUGUGGUCUAUCCGACGACCACUACCAGUGGCUACCCACAGGUGUCCCUGUACCAACAUUCAAGCAAGUCCCAACCCGAUCUCACCAAGCGUGCAUCGAUGACAGGCGGGUCAAAGCGGAGCAGCAGCGGUAUUGUAUACGACCCUCAGGUGCCAAACUACUUGUCGACGAGGGAUGACCUCCAGGACCUAUCCUCGACACUGAGGUACGAAGGAGAGCGCAUGCCGGUACGGAAUGACCAUCCUGUUGUCGGCGAAGGGGAGAACGUGGUGGGCAUUGUUACGGUGCCGGGAAAACCCGACACUCGAGUGCUGAAGAAGAAGUCCCUGAAGCGCCUGCCUAGGACUCCCUCGGAGGCUGUGUGA